AUGCAUGGCUACAUGAGAGAAGCUAUUUUAGCCGCAAAAAAUUUAGAUGUUGACGCAAUCAAUUUUAAAGUACAACAAUCAUUGCCUGGUAGUGAAAUUACAUUCAAAUCGAUUGACACUGUUGUUGAUCCUGAUGAAGUUGUCAACUAUCCUGCCGAGUUCUUAAAUUCACUGGAUUUACCUGGAAUGCCACCCCAUAAUUUGCGAUUGAAGAUUGGUUCACCUAUAAUUUUGCUUAGAAAUUUGAAUGCUCCGAAAUUGUGUAAUGGCACGCGACUGGUCAUAAAAAAAUCAUGGUGUAAAGUUGACUACAAUGGAAAUAUGGAUGAGAAUUGCAG